AUGCCGCUCGAGCCCGUGGAGGUGGAGUACUGCUCCCUGUGCGGUUGCCCGCCGGAGUACUGCGAGAACGCGGGGUGCAAGCGCGUCAAGCUGGAGAAGGAAAUGGAGGGCGCCUCCGUCUGUGACGAGCCGCCGGUGGACGCGCCCGCCGCCGAGGGCGACGCGCCCGCGGCGGAGGGCGAGGAGAAGAAGGAGGGCGGGAAGAAGAAGAAGGAGAAGAAGGCGAAGGGCGUGACCAUCACGCGAACCACGCGGAACAAGAAGAAGACCAUCACCAACGUCGCGGGCCUCGAGCACUACCCGGAGGUGAAGAUCGCCGAGUGCGCCAAGACGCUCGGGAAGAAGUUCGCGUGCGGAGCGUCCGUGACCAAAGGACCGACGGGCAAGGACGAGAUCGACGUGCAGGGGGACUUCUCGCACGAGAUCGCCGAUCUCCUCGCGGAGAAGUUCGGGGUCGACAGGGAGACGACAAAGGUGGUGGACAAGGGCAGGCACUGA